AGCAGGCCUGGCCCGCGCGUGGGUCGCUGCCACAGUCUAAAUCGCUUAUCUGGGAGCCACAGCUAUUCCGAGAAUUUCAGUGUGGCUUUCCACUGCACACCAUAAUCCGUGAAGGUGGGCAACUGGACACUAUCAUUUCAAGUCAGAUUUAGGUAUCUUACCAUAAAACAUUUAGUUACCCUACCAUAAAACCAAAGUCUUGCUUCAUAAAACCAAAGUCUUGCUUCCCACCCCCACAUGCACACGCUCCCCGGCUGGGGGAUUUUAUCACCAAAAGAAAACACUGGCAUUGGGCCCAGGGAACAGGAGAAGGGGCAGUGAAAUGAAUGGUCGCAAUCGUCUAAAAACACAACACAGAAACUUCUCGAAGUGCUCUCGGAAAGUUCCCAAAGCCUCCGCUGUGAGGCUCUCAGCUCCUCCCCCACCCCAUAGCCAGAGGAGCUCCAACUCUUAGCGUGUUCUGCAAGACCACCUGGGCGCCAAACUCACUUUCUAAUGAGAAUUCUCUCCGAGGUACCCCAGAGGUGUUAACGUGGUAAACAGCAGGGUUUCCCCGGCACAGAUUCGGUAUUUUAAAAGCUCGUAGGGGCAGCACGCCUUACUCCCAGGCUGCACGCUCAACUCUUUUAGCUGCCGGCUUAGGCUAUUGAGAUCGUCCUAGGGACCGGAGCUGAGAAUUGCAAAGGGAACCACCACCGUACAGAAAAGCCCGGGGCCUGUCUAGGUCUGGGGUCCCGUCCCAACCCGGAACUACAGCUUCGGAGGGGGCUGAGAAUUUUGAAGAGUUGGAAGACCCGAGGGUCGAGGUGACCCUGUACUAACCCGCCACUCCUGGUCUGGGCUCUCCCUUCCCUGUGCAAGCAGGAGGGGGGCGGGAAAGGACAGCGUCCCGUCCCGCCCCGCCCCGCCCGUCGCUCUGUAUUCGCGAGGGAAGGCCGCCUCGCCCAGAAGGCUCCCGGGUGAUUGGAGACUCCAGGAGGAGACGCGAGGAAAAGUCGAAUAAGAGGGCGCAACGUCAGACUCGAGAUUUGGGGAAGGGUGAGGGAGGGGGUGGAAGGGCGGGGACGGACACACAGACACUGACGCGGACACACACCCCCAGCACAGCAUUCUAAGUGUCUACAACUUUAGAUCGCCUUAGCCCAGGGCACAGAGACCGGGGAGAGGAAAGAGAGAAUGAGAGAGUAAAGAGAUUUUAAAAAGAGAGGAGUCAGACUAGGAAAAGUGAAGAGAGCUGAGAGGUGAGCAAAACCAACCGUGAGAAAGGGAAAGAGGAAAAAGAACCGCAGUUUCCCAGCGUCCAGGACUGCGAAGGAGCCUAGGGAGCGGAAGCGAUCAGGGGGUGGGGUGGGGGACGCAGCGAGGGGAGGGGAGAGGAAAGGACAGGAGGGGAGUGUAAACUAUAGGAGGGCGAAGGAAGCGAGGCGCGACACAGCUCCGGGAGAGGAGGACAGAACUGAGCGCUAAGCGCAGAGCGGCUCUCCGGCCUAGAGGAGGGAGCGCGGCGCAGAGAGGAGGGGCUUGCGGCCCCGUAGAAAUGUCAAUCAGAGCCCGGAGCCCGGGGAAUCUCGGCCAAUCUGUUCGGACCUGACCUGACUCCUCGCCUCCGCCGCCGCUGCCGCCGCCGCCGCGGAGCCGAUCAAUAGGCGAACGCGGAGCGCAGCGCAGCGCGGGAGGCAACGCGGCCCGGGCUCGGCCCAGCCCCCGAUGCGCUCCGGAGCCAGCGUGCGGCGCUGAGCACCGCGGCCCCGGGGGCCGGGCCCCCUCUCCGUAGGUGCCCCGCGGGCCACCAUGUCCUUCCCUCAGCUCGGAUACCAGUACAUCCGCCCGCUCUACCCACCCGAGCGCCCGGGAGCCGCAGGCGGAGGCAGCGGAGGCGGCAGCGCAGGGGGCCGGAGUGGUCCGGGCGUUGGAGCCUCAGAGCUGGCCGCCUCGGGGUCCCUAUCCAAUGUGCUUUCGUCCGUGUACGGGGCACCCUACGCCGCGGCCGCAGCCGCAGCUGCCGCCGCCCAGGGUUACGGCGCCUUCCUGCCCUACGCUACGGAGCUGCCCAUCUUCCCACAGCUGGGCGCUCAGUAUGAGCUGAAGGACAGCCCUGGGGUCCAGCAUCCGGCCACGGCCGCCGCGUUCCCGCACCCACACCCUGCCUUCUACCCCUACGGCCAAUACCAGUUCGGGGACCCGUCCCGUCCCAAGAACGCCACCCGGGAGAGCACGAGCACACUCAAGGCCUGGCUCAACGAGCACCGCAAGAACCCGUACCCCACCAAGGGCGAGAAGAUCAUGCUGGCCAUCAUCACCAAGAUGACCCUCACCCAGGUGUCCACCUGGUUCGCCAACGCCCGCCGGCGCCUCAAGAAGGAGAACAAGAUGACGUGGGCACCCCGUAGUCGCACCGACGAGGAGGGCAAUGCUUAUGGGAGCGAGCGGGAGGAGGAGGACGAAGAGGAAGAUGAGGAAGAGGGCAAACGCGAGCUGGAGAUGGAGGAGGAGGAGCUCGCAGGGGAGGAGGAGGACACGGGGGGCGAGGGCCUGGCCGACGACGAGGAGGAUGAAGAGAUCGAUUUGGAAAACUUAGACAGCGCCGCAGCCGGGCCAGAACUGGCCCUGGCUGGGGCAACGCACAGGAACGGCGACUUCGGCCUAGGACCCAUUUCGGACUGCAAAAAUAGCGACUCGGACGACAGCUCGGAAGGCUUGGAGGAGCGACCGCUGUCGGUCCUGAGCCUGGCCCCGGCGCCACCGCCUGUGGCCAGGGCUCCUCCAUCUCCACCCUCUCCACCCUCGGGCCUGGACCCCUGCGCUCCCGCACCAGCGCCCUCCUCCGCCCUGCAGAAGCCCAAGAUCUGGUCACUGGCCGAAACGGCCACUAGCCCGGACAACCCACGUCGCUCGCCUCCUGGAGCCGGAGGUUCUCCUCCUGGGGCAGCCGUCGCGCCCCCGACGCUGCAGCUCUCACCCGCGGCUGCCGCUGCAGCAGCCGCCGCACACAGACUCGUCUCGGCGCCGCUUGGCAAAUUCCCGGCUUGGACCAACCGGCCUUUCCCAGGCCCGCCGCCUGGCCCGCGGCCGCACCCGCUGUCCAUGUUGGGCUCGGCCCCACAGCACCUGCUGGGACUUCCCGGAGCCACGGGUCACCCGGCUGCCGCUGCCGCUGCUGCCGCCGCCGCCGCCUAUGCUCGGCCUACGGAGCCGGAGAGUGGAACAGAUCGCUGUAGUGCCUUGGAAAUGGAGAAAAAGUUGCUCAAGACAGCUUUCCAGCCCGUGCCAAGGCGGCCCCAGAACCACUUGGAUGCUGCUCUGGUCCUAUCAGCUCUCUCCUCAUCUUAAUUCUUUCAACAAUUUUUAAAUCGUUGUACUAAUUGUAAAAAAAAAAUAAGACAAAUCGCUCUGUAUAGUUAUGACUUGCAAGCAUGUCUGUGUAUGAAUACCUAAAAAAGAAACACUAAACAAACAAACAAAAAAAGAACGAAAGAAAGAAGAAAUAAAGCCAGUCCCCCUUGGCUCUCCCCAAGUUGCUUCUGUACUGUCCCACAUUAGAUUGUGGGGUUCGUUUGUUCUGUUGAUUUGGGGGAGGGGUGCAGAGAGAAUAAGCGUGUCUGACUCUUUUUGUAUAUACAGAAAAAUGUACAUACGUGUGAACCAAAUUGUACAAGAAAGUAUCUAUUUUUGGCUAAAUAAAUGAGCUGUUGCCACUUUUGACUAUAACCGGCGGGUCUGCCACCUGGA